AUGGCGCAGAAGCAACUGAAGCAAUUCUCGGUUGAGGAUGUGGCUAAGCAUAAUAAGGAAGGCGAUGUAUGGAUCAUCGUCGACGCCAAAGUUUAUGAUGUUUCCAGGUUCGCUAAUAUGCAUCCCGGAGGAGCCGCUGUUCUUCACGUGGAAUCAAUAGCUGGCAAAGAUGCAACUGAAGCUUUCUUCGGUCUCCAUCGACAGGAAGUGCUUCUCCGUCCCCAAUACGCUCGCCUUCAAAUAGGCACUAUCGCUGGUGAAGAAUCCGUCAUUCGUCCCCUGGCUGCAGAUGAGGUCUCACAAGUGCCUUAUGCGGAGCCUUCAUGGCUAGCGAAAGGCUUCAGCAGCCCAUACUACACAGAUAAACACCGGGUCUUCCAGAAAGCCGUACGAAAGUUUGUCUCCGACGUCAUGUAUCCGGAAGCGCAGGAGUGCGAAGAUACCGGACGGCGGAUAUCGCAAGAGGUCGUGGACAAGAUGUGCGCGUUGGAAAUACCUGCUAUGCGACUUGGCCCUGGGAAGCAUCUCAAAGGACGGAAGCUCAUGGGCGGUUUGGUCACUCCAGAGGAGUAUGAUUAUUUCCACGAGCUCAUUGUCCACAGUGAACUUUCCCGUGUUGGCGCUCGCGGCUUUUUCGAUGGCAUGCUUGCGGGUGGUUGCAUUGGUCUGCCUCCAGUGCUCAAUUUUGGCUCGCCUGAAAUACAGGCAAAAGUCGUCCCUGAAGUGCUUUCGGGGAAGAAGUACAUCUGCCUUGCUAUCACCGAGGCGUUCGCGGGUAGUGAUGUGGGUGGGCUGCAGACGGAGGCGAAAAAGGAAGGGGAUGAAUGGGUCAUCACCGGGACUAAGAAGUGGAUUACGAACGGCACUUUCGCCGACUAUUUCACCGUAGGCUGCAAGACAGACACCGGCUUCACUGUCAUCCUCGUCCCGCGCUCCGACGACCUCUCCACCAAACCGAUCAAGACCGCCUACUCAUCAACCGCAGGGACAGCGUACGUGACAUUCGAUAAAGUCCGCGUGCCCAUUGCGAACACGUUGGGAAAGGAGGGAAAGGGUAUGAGCGUCAUUUUGAGCAACUUCAAUCAUGAGAGGUGGAUGAUUACAUGCAUGAGUUUGGCCGCGCAGAGAUUGGUCCUGGAAGAGUGCUUGAAGUGGGUUCAGCAGCGGAUAGUUUUCGGUAAACCUCUUCAUGCCCAACCUGUCAUCCGCGCGAAACUUGCUGCUAUGAUCUCGAGAGUGGAAUCUGGUCAAAACUGGCUUGAGACGAUCACACAUCAAAUGAAUAAUAUGUCAUAUGCAGAGCAGUCCGACAAGCUCGCUGGCCCCAUCGGAUUGUUGAAGCAGUAUAUCACGAAGACAGGAAGAGAAACUGCUGAGGAUUCGACACAGAUAUUUGGAGGACGAGGUAUCACCAAGACCGGCAUGGGCAAGUUCAUCGAGAACUACCAUCGGACGUCGCCGUAUGAUGCGAUUCUUGGUGGCGCGGAGGAUGUGCUGGGAGACCUGGGCGUGAGACAGGCCUUGAAGAAGAUGCCGAAGAACGCGAGGUUGUGAGAUUCAGGAUGUUUAUCUUCACUACGAGUCCAGGCUGGAUAGUCUACUUAUCUUCGUACUGGACUUAGUAGUGAAUCCUUUUUUGUUAUCGC